AUUCCAUACGACUAUCAUCUCAUACUGUAUUAGAUGGUUGUAUUGUUGUCACUAAUUCUUCAGUGUUUGAAUGUAGACCCAGAGUAUCUCCUGAGCGUUUAUUUUUAAAAUUAGCAGUCAAGAAUAAUGAUGCCAGCGUCUCGGAAUCACUAGGAAUUAGUAUCGGUCUGAAUCUGUCAAAUUUAUUUGAAAUAGCGGCUGAUCAUCUUCUGGUGUUAAACAAUACAACUCAGGCUUUAUGUCUCUACAAACUCUCCAAGUGUUCCUAUGUUAAAAGAGUGUCUAGCCUAUUAAAGUAUAAACAUUACAGUACAGCAAUGGAGGUUCUGCAGAAAGUAUUAGGUAGUAGUCAUAUAGUACUGAGUACUAGUGAUAGAAAACAGUUGUCUAACUUGGCAUUGAAAUGUUAUAUACAUGAAAUAUACUCCUGUACUGAUACACCUAGCCAACUUAUUGAACCCUUCAGGAACUUCUUGCUGGGUAGCUUUACAUUUGAUGAAAAGUUAGCCCUGAAUCUGUUGGCUAAAUUUGGUUUUAUGGAAUUACUGCUAGACUUUGCAAAGGCACGAGGUUUAGUAAUGGAGGGUCUAGAUUUAUUACAAGAUUAUGGACGUUAUGAUAUACCUCUUGUUUUGUUAGAAGAUCUCAUAUCUCGGGGCUUUCAUGCUCAUCUUCUUAAAGCUGGUGAAGGUAGCUAUCUACAAUGUCUAUCAGCCGAAGACCUAGUAAAAUUAUUAUUAGUUAAACCCCAGCUUGCCAUACGGAAUGUAGCCAUGUUGGAACCAGAAGUAAAUUCCUUGUCUCUUGAAUCAAUGUUAAAACUAGCAGACGUCUUCGACCCGUCGAAACCGUUGAUGCAGGGAUUUUUACGUCGUUCUAAUCACCAUAGACAAAGUAUCACACUACAACAGUCACACGUCAAAAUAUAG